AUGGAACCCAUAUCCCUAAACCGCCAGGGGAAGUCUCUACCUUUGAGCGGUUCUUCCCAGUCCGUAAAGAAGGCAACAAAGCUCAUAGCUUCAAUUAUCUUCUUCUUUGUGUUCUUUCACCAUUCUGAUUGUGUAUUCCCUCUGGAUUUCUGGUCUGAUCGGAAUGGGGAGAAGAAGAAAGUUGCUGACUUUAAGUCAGAGAUGGAAGUUAGGGAGAAAGUACUGGAAGAGGCAACAGAAGAGGAGGUGAUUGCAGUAGGUGAAGUUGGGGGUUGUGAUGAGGAGAAGCAUAUAGAUGGAGAUUUGUUUGUUGAAGUUGGACAAGGAGAAGGUAAAAAUGGGUUGCUGAGUGGUGAAGAAUUGCAGAGGAAAUGUGUGGAUUUCAUUAGAAAAACGGAAGUUUGGAUCAAGUUUCAAGCUCAGCAGCAGCAGCUCAUCAUAGUUCAGUGA